UUCUUCAUUCUUCUCAAGUUUCACCAUUCUCUCCCUCCCUCUCUCUCUCUCUCUUUCUCUCUCUCUCUAAAAUUCCGAUAUUUUCUUUCUCAGUGAGAGUUCAUCGUGCAGAUGCCGCAAGUGGAUUUGGAAACCUUAGUCUCGGCCUGCGCGGGCGGCGGCUCCAUGGACCGGAGAAUCGCCUGCGAAACCCUAGCGGACGACGGCCAGAAGCCGCCGGAGAACGACGCGGACCUUAAAGAACCGGAAGUUCCGCCGGAUUUCCCGCCGGAAUCUUUCUGGCUCUCGAAAGACGCUGAGUUCGACUGGUUCGAUCGCAACGCGUUCUUCGAGCGGAAGGAAUCGCAGAAAGGGAAUUCCAAUUCGACGAACCUGAAUCCUGGCUCCAACUCCAAUUCGCAGAGAUUCUCCAAGAAUUUGAAGUCCAAGGCAGCGAUACUCGGCCUUCCGAAGCCUCAGAAGUCUGUCUUCGUCGACGCCAAGAAUCGCAAGGCCGGAAACGCCAGGCUCUUUCCGAAGCGGUCCGUGUCGGUCGGGAAAUCGGACGGUCCGAUGAUCGAACCGUCGUCGCCGAAGGUGUCGUGCAUAGGACGGGUGAGAUCAAAGAGGGACCGGAAGCGUCAGUUGAAGAAAAAUCGUCAGAGAUCGCAUAGAUCUUCAGAACCGGAGUCGGAGAAGCAAAAACCGAUCGAGAGACGGAAGAAAACCGGAUUCUUCUCCAGUUUUCGUGCGAUUUUCAGAACCGGCUGCAGAGAAAAAUCGGCACAGACCAGCGCGAGGCACUCCGAGUGGUCCGAGUCUCCGCUGCGUGAGUGCGCGAGGACGGUGGUGCGUGACAUGCGCGCGCCGCACUCCGAUUCUCUCCCCAGGAGGAGCGUGGAGAUCGACCCGCCCGGGCUUGGCGGCCUCCACAAGUUCGCCUCUGGUCGAAGGUCCGAGUCGUGGGCCGGUGACGUUGGCGCUGACGUGGCGUGAUCUUGUUCGUCGAGACCGUUUCUUGAUGCGGCGAUGGCGCGUGUGGGACCCACGUUGGGAAGAUUGAACUGUGGAUUGUCGUGAUUGGUAGCCAGUGGUGGGGCCCGGUUCCGUUUUAAAUUGUCGUUGGAUGACGUGGAACGUUAGAUAACGGUUUACCCACUCCACCCCUUGGUAAAGGCAACCUCGAUUUUCAACGUUUAUACGUUUUCCCAUUUUUAUUCUCUUUUUUUUUUUCCUCUCUUAAAAAUCACCAGGUUUGUAAAUACAUAUGUUUUUGUGAGUGCAUUUGUAAAUUUCCUUUUUUA